AUGAUUCUGACGUCCCUCAGCGUGAUGCUGAAGUGUGUGGCGUCGGAGGGGCUUGAGCAGCUUGCGGAGCUGAUGUCUCAGGGGAAGCUCAAGGUGCACCUUGACAGGGUUUGGCCUCUGGAGGAGACGGCAGCGGCGCAUGAGUACUGUGAGCGCGGCCACGUGCGUGGCAAAGUGGGCAUCCUGGUCAAGCAGAUGGAGUGA